AUGUGGGGGGCACCGGGCACGGGGGCGCGGAGCAUCCGUCCCUACCGGUCCAGCGAGCAGUACCUGUACGCCAUGAAGGAGGACCUGGCAGAGUGGCUGAAGGAGCUCUAUGACCUUGACAUCGGGGUGGGCACCUUCUUGGAGGUGCUGGAGACGGGGGCUGUGCUUUGCUCCCACGCCAACCACGUCACCCAGGUGGCCGGGGAGUUGGCUCGUGCCUGCCCCGAUGUGGCCCAGCACCUCCACCUGCCCACCGCCGGCGUCACCUGCAACCUCACAGCACAGCCAGGCACCUUCCAGGCCAGGGACAACGUCUCCAACUUCAUCCAGUGGUGCAGGAAGGAAAUGGAUAUCAAAGACGUCCUGAUGUUCGAGACAGAGGACCUGGUGCUGAGGAAGAACGAGAAGAACUUCGUGCUGUGCCUGCUGGAGCUGGCACGCCACGCUUCCCGCCUCGGAAUGCGCGCCCCGACCCUGGUGCAGAUGGAGGAGGAGAUCGAGGAGGAGCUUCGGCAGGAGCUGGACCUGCCUCCCAUGGACACCGCCCUGCCCCGGGGCCCCAGGAAACCACGGGACCUCAACAACCUCGACCAGAUGGUCCAGCACCUGGUGAGCCGCUGUACCUGCCCUGUCCAGUUCCCCAUGAUCAAGCUCUCCGAAGGGAAAUACCGUGUGGGGGACUCUGACACCCUCAUCUUUGUGCGGAUCCUGCGGGAACACGUCAUGGUGCGGGUCGGGGGCGGCUGGGACACGCUGGAGCAUUACCUGGACAAGCACGACCCGUGUCGCUGCACCUCGCUCUCUCACAAACAAGCCUGGAAAGCCCGGAGCCCGCAGCAGCAAGUGCAGCACGAGGUGCGGCUGUGCCCGACCCCGAGGGCGGCCGCCCGCAGCCCCCAGCCUGCGCUGCUGGUCAGCCGCUCCCAGAGCCCCCUGCCCCCCGUCCCUUGGGGGUCCCGUGUCCCCCCUGGCCCCGGCUCCCCUGCCACCCCCUCGCCGGAAGGCUCGGGUCGCCGGCCGGGUGCCAGCCCCCACCGAGAGCAGCCCCGGAGGGUCCCUUCGGGCAGGAUGCGGGAGCCACCCGCUGUCCCUCUGGGGAAGCAGCCGCCACCAUCCCGGUCCCCGGCUCGGUCCGGCUCCCCUGGGCACGGCGCGAGGGGCCGGGCACCCAUCCCUUCCCGGCUGAGCUCCCCGAACGGCUCGGGGGUCCCCGGGGCACCGCAAGGGACCAGCCCAGGGAAAGCCACCCCUGUGGCAGCGGCACGGGGCAGGUCCGCAGCACCCAGUCCCCGGACGGUCCCAGCACCUCCGAGAAGCACCCAGCAAGGAGGAAAAUCGUCUGUGGUGACUGCCAGGCCACAGGGAACGGGGACACCCACCACAGUGACACCCCGAGCCCCCAGUCCCUUAAAGGUCCGUGCCUCCAGUCCCCGAAAGGUGCUCGCCCCCUCCUCGCACCGAGAUGUCCCGGAAGACUCACAGAGCCUGAAAAGCUCACGGGAAGGGAGGCAGAGAGCUCUUGGCCGGGGCCGACAGCCCUCAGCCCGGAAUUCCUCCAGCCGACCCCCGAAACUGGACAGCGGCCUUAAACCCCGCAGUAAAGGCAGCCCGGCCGCCUCCCGGCCCCCCACCCCUCCGGGCCGUUCUGCAGAGGGGUGCAAGGUCUGGGAGGGUCCCCAGGGGACACGGCAGUGCCACCCAGCCCCGAACCCAAGGGCUGCGGCUGCCGAGGGACCUCGGGUGCCAGAGGAUGAAGCCGGGGGAGGCUGCGGCCCUGGCGAUGGGGCUGGGGGGCUCCGGGGGUGCUGUGGGAACUCGCAGCCCCCCGGCUAUGACAGGGUGGUGGAGGAGCUCUCCCGGGGGCCGCAGCCCCUGCGCCCUGUGGGGAUGUGGAGCCAGGUCCCCAAAACCCCCCCACGAGCUGUCCCGCAGCUCCCGGGCCCGGGGGAGGAGGAGCGGCCGGGACUGGGGGGGCAAACCCCGCGGGGAACCAGGGCCAACAACGCCGCCAAGCCCAGGCGGUGCCUGAAGAAGCCCGAGCGUGUGCCCUCCAUCUACAAGCUGAAGCUGCGGCCCAAGGUGCGUCCCCGGCGGGACCACAGGCCGGGCAAGCGCCCCUCGCGCAUCCCCACCCCGCUGGGGCAUCGCCCCCCUGCCCCCCGCACCCAGCACCGCCCCCCGGGGACCCCCCGAGCCCCCCAGUCCGGCAGCACCCGCCCCACGGCCGAGCCUCCCCUGGCUGACAGCGGCACAUGGCUGAGCGAGGAUGAUGAGGAGUCGUGGGUCUGA